AUGACGGACACGAUGGCCGAACAUAUCGGUCUCGCGGUCGAAAGCAUGGCGAUAGCCGGGAAGCCCGUGCAGGUGGACAUGGACAUCGGGCUGCUGAAGGUCGUGAGAGAAGGAGACAUCUACAAGAGUAAAAUUGAAAGAAACAAGACAGAAAGAGAGGGACCAGGCGUGACUAGGAAUUCGUCUACAGCCUCCAAAUCUGGGCUCGACACGGAUACCGAGGAGAGCGGAGAGGAUCCAGAAAACCAAGACGAGGUGUACAUCCUAACGUACGACUCCCCACGCCUCCAGCCGCGAGUCAAACAAGAGACAUACGUCGCCAAGUUCAAUCAGACCAUCUACCAUCGUCACGUCCGCGGCUAUUGGGCAAAUCGACUAGGCCAUUCCGCCGACGAGGAAGCAACCAUCGCCUUGGACCGCAUGUUCCGCUCCACGCAUGGCACACGCUUCAACUCGCCGCCCUCGCCCACGGGUCCCGACUCGACACCCCCCGACGAGCAGGAACAACGCCCUAAGAAGAUCAUUAUGCUUCACUCUCUCCGCAAGACAAAGGCCGUGCUAUCAUCCGUGUUCAAGCCCCAGCGUGCCCACAUGCAAACCGGUCGUGCUGGCCAAAAGCCCACCGCCUCGGCAUGGGAAGACCGCGCGUCGGAAGAAGGUUUUGACUAA